AUGGUGAAAGCUAAGGCAAAGAAGGCGACAAUGGUCAAGGAUGUCGUUGGGAAGGUGAGCCUCACGAACCCUCGUUGUCUUCGUCAACAAGCCUGCCUCAGGUCCGGACGAGUACGCGAGAGCUUCCACCGUCUUGUCACACAUACGGCGCCCUCGUCACAAAGGACGUCGAGGGGGCGGGAGCGGGUAAUAAUAUCAACGUGGGACGUCUCCAAGCCGUCGGUGGCAAAGUCGUCGGACCGAAACUUGAUCAAGACGAACGUAAUGGCCAUCCACUACGGAAACAUCACCGCCAAGGACAACAGGCUCUUUGCGCAGGCUCACCCUGAGAUCCGGUUCGCACCGCCGGGAUCUACAACCAUGGAGGGAGGCGUGCGCAAGAAAGACAAGAUCCCUUUCGAUGGGCCGUACGGAACAAAGUCAGAAAAGAUGGCGUGCCCGCUGUCGGCCCUCAUCGAAGCAAGGUUCACCGACUUCAGCCAGGAGGGCAAGGACUACCCCAACGUCAGCGUGCUCGAGAAGAAAUUCCGAAUGCCUCCGCCGAGGGAAACCAAGGCGUCCCAAGGCCACAACAUCACCCUCAAGCCCACGCCCAAGCAAGGCACACCGGUACGGCCUUGUUGGUGUGCUGGUAUUGUCGUUGUUGCUGCCUUUGUUUCCUCCUCAGGGAAGAGUGUCUGUUCGGUACCGUACCUUCAAAAAUUCUUCCUAUUACAUCUUAGGCGGGCGCCUUUGCAAACGACUCCCCGAAAGGGUAUCGUGGAUACUAUGAAAGUUCAGAGAGAAUAA